AUGUCAUUAUUUUUGAAGGCGCUAGCUACAAUUCCAGAAAACCAAAGCCAACAAGAGUAUUAUAAGAUUAUAGUUCUGCGCUUAAGAACGGUACAGAAUAGCAUAAAAGAAUAUUGUGUGGAAUACAAUAAACUUUUGCCAAUCAUCAACUUAUCCCAAAUUAAGCUUGGACAUGAAGUAGAAAUUUUACCGCAGAAUGGUAAGACGAAUCUGACAAGCCAAAAGGCACCAAACACUAAGCAAGAGCCAAAGAAAAGCAAUGCAUCCAACAAAACAUCGGCACUGGCGACUAAUGAUACGCAAGAUAAAAACGGUCUGAAUUCUCAUCAUCCAAUUGUAAUUUAG